AUGGCUGUUCAACAUGGAAUCAAGAUUGAUAAUCAGGUUCAUGUUCAACCUACUGCUACUUCUUGUCCAGUUAAUAAAUGUUCAAAAUCCUCCAAGAAUUUCGAAGAUGCCGCUGUUCAAACUGAUUAUUCUAACAUUGACUAUGAGUUUAGAAAAGUGGACGCUAUUGAAAAAGCGGAACCAGUUCUUGUUGGACAGACGAUUCUUGUUUGA